CACAGCCCGUGUGCGGGCUAUUCAAAUAUUUGUGGCCAAAAAUACAUAUUAUGGUGGAUUGUUUUGAUGAGAUUUUUUGCUUGUUUUUGGUCAAAAAAUCAAAAGUUAAAAGCUUUUUAUGGACUGGGUUGAAAAACUAAAGAAAUCACUUGAUGAAUCAAGGCUCGGUGAGUUGAAAACUGUGAAAAUCGAGGCAAAAUGUGUGCUGGUUUCCCGUUUUUGAAUUGAGAGUUUUAUGCAAACCUUCAAAAUUGGCUGAUUUUAGCACGCUAAGUGAAGCCAUUGUAGAUUAUCGACGAAUACACUCAGUUAAGAGGGUUAUAGCCCGAACUACAGAGUAGGGCAAGAACUUUUCGUCCCAUAACUAUUUUAAAUUUGUGCUUAUUAUAAUUGCCCAGAAUAAAAUUCACUUUCCAGUUUCCAUCAGGUCCAGUUUUGUCCUCACCAAUAAGCAAAAUUUGAAGCAAAUGAUUGCAGGAUUGCUUAAUCAGCAUUUUAAUCUUAUGUUUUCCUUAACAAAGUCAUUUGAAGACUAAUCAUGAAGUGUACCCUGGUUCCAGAGGCUCUUUGCGAGGCGAAAGAAAGGAGAGGUCAGAGGUGAGAAGGAAGAGCCUCUGGUCACAUCGGUUGCAAAUCUCAUUACUGUAAGAAUAUUACUGUAAGUUAAUUAUAGCUAUAAAAGCUAUAAUUACCUUGUUGUUUUCCCAAACCGGUUUGACAUAUUUUUACAAAUCGCCAAUCGCAUGCGAGAUUCAAAUUCUGAAUCUAGUCAAGUGUGUAAGUGGGAUUUGCAACCGAUGUGACCAGAGGCUCUAAUUCCUUCUUGCCUCUCAAUUCAUUAGCCUCGCAAAGAUUUCUCCUCGCAAAGAGCUGCUGGGACCAGGGUACACAAAGUGUUGAUUUCAUCUGAUUUUAUACUAAUAAAGCAUGAAAAACAGAAUCCAUAACAUAAACAAGCAAACAAUUUUGUGGCGCAAUUACAGUCAAAUCGGAUGUUCUCGUUUGAUAGGCAGAUUGCUUUGAGCAAUUUGCAAGCAACACGAACAAAUUGCAAGUUGAAAAAGAUUUGUAAACAUAGCCUCUGAUUGGACUAUAAGGGAAAGGGAUUAGCUCCAAUCUAGCCUGCGAACAGGCCCUAGGUUAUGGGCGGCGCGAAGAAUAGAGGGCCUGCACGGAACUAUAGGUUUUCUUGGUAGUGGCGUUCGUAUAGAAACGCAGGCUUCUGAUUGGCUUACACUCGUUGACAAAAUUACUAAAAAUAGCAAAUGUCAACAACAGCAUUUUGAAGAAUUUGAACUUUAUUCAUUUUAAUAUAUAUUAUAAGACUAUCGAACAAAUAAAACUAGAAAUGGAAACCAAAAGCAAUGGCAAAGCAUCACAGCAAAAAGUCUAUCAUAAAUGACUUGAAUAUAGCGCUUAAAUCCAAUAUAUACGAAACUAUAACUUACAGUAUUCUGAACUUCGUCUUCGGAUUGACAUCAGACUAUAGUAUAGUACAUUUUGAGGUCGUCGUGGCUUCACGGAUUAUUCUCAUUAGUGAGCAAGUCAGCAAGCGAAGGUAUACAAAAGAUACCCAAAUAUGUACGAAUAAUUAUAUUGUUGAUCCUCGCUGGCAUGUCAUUUAAAUAUAAAUAUAUAUCGUACAUUAAACGCUGUACUAUUUACUGUAUAAACUGCUGACAAUUUCGUCGUCGAUACGGCUUCCACCACUAUGCUUCCACUAUUGGCACACUCGUGAUUUCGAAGAAAUUAUUAAAUACAUGCUCAUUUAUCAUUUAUUUAGACCACAGUUAGUAAAAUUUUAGACGUAUUCGGUAUUCCAAAUCCCAAUCUAUCUGACCGUACUUUAGUUACUUUAGUAAUAGCUUCAAAUAUUCAGAACAUUGUUCUUUCAGUCGCACAUAGUAGAAGUAUUACUGUACAUUGAUUCAAUGCCAGUGGUAGUAUUUUAUUCGGCUUUAUAUUUGCAUGUGUAUUGAUAUCUAUUUAAUAUUUGAAGAAUUCUAUAUUUUUCCGAGUAAUAUUUUGUGCGGCCCGCUAAUGCUUUGUAUUAUUGUUCAUAUACAUUAUGUAUACAUUUUAAUAUUCAGUAUUUCUUCGUUGCACAAUGUACACGCCUUGCGUCAAUUUGACAGUUGACAGUUUAUUUAUCGCAGUCGACGCUGAUUGGUUCGCUUUUAGCAGAUGCGAAAAGGGGAUGAUUGAAUAAAACGCAUGGUUCCGUGCAGGCUCACCUUUCUCCCAGUGAGCCUGUUCGCAGGCUAGCUCCAAUCCAGUUGCUCAGACUAUUUGAUUGGCUUCCUUUUUGCUAAUAAUAGUCCAAUCAGAGGCUUUGUUUACAAAUCUUUUGUGAAUUUCAAUUUGCAAUUUGUUCGCGUACGCUUGCAAAUUGCUCUGAGCAAUCUGCGUAUCAAAAUUGCAAUCUUGUGGGACAAUAUUGCAAUGUUGCUUACAAGAGAACAUCUGGUUUGACUGUAAUUUCUGGCAAAACAACUUGUCCCACUGGGCAACCAAGAAACAACUUCUAUAGUGCCCGUAAUGAUUUUUACUUGCCCAGGACAAACAGGCAAGCACUAUAAGUUCACUGAUAACUUUGCACACAGACAGCACACUUAACUAUUUUGUUAAUUGUGUCUGUACAACUUGUAUUUGUUGCAUAUUAUUUAUUGGCAGUUUUAAUUUAAACAACACAAACUUAUGAUCAUACUUGAAUAAAUUUCAGACAGAAUUACACACCUAAUUUUUGUGCGAAGGUCAUAUCAGCCCUAUUUUGUUAUUUUCUUCAGAGUCAAAUGCCAGAUAAUUUUACUAUCAAGGAGGCAUGCCUCGUGCUUAGAAAGAACUGUUAGUCUGGUCUUUUUCCAAGCAACCCCGCCCUAGAAUAAAGUGGUCACAUGAUAGGUAUUUUUGUGUGCUUGCCUCCAGCUAUCGAAAAAUAUAUGGCCCGCAUUCUGCCAUUGAAAGUGUAUGCCAGUAUAUUACAAGAUCAAAAUCAUAUUUUUGGUGAGAUAAGAAGUAUUUGAGGAGCUUUAAAGUGAACAAAUCUGGGUGAAUAUACCAAAUUAGUAUAUUUCGUGUAUUUUGUUGCUUUGACCUUCGUUCAGAUGUCUGUGACAGUAUCCAGAUCCAGCUUAUCCCUGCAGCAAAGCAAUUGUUAUUAGAUUGGUUGUGCCUGUGCGAAAAUUACUUUGUGUAAAGGCAGCUGUCACCCAAUGAAAAUAAAGUGCAUUAUUAUUAGAUUGGAUCGGUCCACUGUAUUUGUGUCAGUUUAUUGAAUUGUUUCGUGUUUCUUUUUGUAGAGCAACCUGGAAGUAACCAGAAGAAAGAUGAAGAUGAUAUUGAAUUAUUCAAUAAAUAUUUCUUAAAAUGGAAGAAUGCAAGACAAAAAGACAACCCAUCUGCAGCUAUCCCAAGAUUUUAUUACAAGGUAUUUAUAAUAUUCUGCUUCAAAGUCACACUUAAUUGUCAGGCAGCCACAAAUCAAGAUUUUUACGCCCAAGGUUGUAGCCAUAGAUAUCAUAUAUAUACUAGAUAGCGCAUUUCUUUUAGUAAAAUUGAAGCCAAGAAUAUUCCAGCGGUUACCCCCAUUUGAAUAGAUGGCGGCCAUGUUGGUCAUUCCCACUUUGCUAAUAAACGCUUAAAAACAACAAUAACUUUCAUUAUUUGAAUUUAACUUUCAUUAUUUCCGGACGAGUACGUUGCAAUUGCUUUCCAGCGACUUUACCUCAAUUUUUCAUACCAAUUUUCAGUACUUUGCCCAAAAAACCAAAUCUCUUGCCCUUUGCGCGGAAAUAUUUAACCCAAAAAAAUGAGUAGGGCCCAACAAAAAAUUCUAGGGGCAAUUUGCCCCCCCCCCCUCGGUGGCCCUGAGGGGGUGGGCGGGGUGGGGGGUGCAGACAGGGGACGAAAUUUAAUUUUUUUUGUACUAUACAGCCGGAAUAGUAGAUUUUUAUAUUUACUAUUCCGUCUGAAAAUCCACUAUUCCUUAAUGUAGCCUACUGUUUCUGUUCAUGCAGGGUCCGCACUAAUGUUCUGAUUUUCGUGAAAUCAUCCUUGAGACUCCUAAAGUGAACUGAAUAAUUGAAUAACAAACACGUACAGUGCAUUGCUCUGUACAGUCAUGAACAAAUUAUUAAUAAAAAACAAAGUUCAAACACUGAAAUGAACUUGCGAACUUUAAAUGUUGUGAAGUUCGCGCCCAAUUUCCGAACUUGGAAACGUAAUUGGCAAGUUCGCAACGAACUUGGGAACCGCGCGUUGAAAAGUGACUUGAAAUCAACAAUAAUGUUGGUGCAAAGAAAUUAGAAUAUGCAAGUAUUACAAGCGAACAAGAACUUAGCUACGAAGUAGAACAGUGGCUCAAAGUCCGGUAUAAAGUGAUAUAUUAUACAAGAGGAAAACCCUUGCUUGUCGAUAUUUGGUACCACAAUUUUUUCUACUAUACAAACGGAAUACUGUGAUCAUGAAGUUAGCCCGCGUGCAGGCCCAAGGAAAGAAUAGUGGGCCUGCAAGCAAGGCCCGGUAUUUUGUACUUUUCGCGUUCGCCCACGAACGCGGCAUUCUGAUUGGCUGUUUGCUGUUGGAUUCUAUAAUUAGAUCACUGAUUCAUCACAAGGGCUCUCGAUAAGCUUAAAAUUCGAAAAUUGAUCACUGUUUUCGAUUAAAUAUGGAACAAGAACGGACUGUUUUAUGUUUACUUGAAGGAAGAGAUGUUUUUGCCGUUAUGCCAAUGGGGAUUGCUUGUCGUGAAGUGUUGGAAUAGCAACAUUACGACUGGGGUACAUUAAUUUCAAACAGACUUGAUACGUUAUAUGUUCCUCAAGAAAAUUAUCUUUUGAUUGAUGUUGACUCAGACAGUUCCAUGUAAGCUUAUCAGAAACACUUUGCGAUUUGCAAGGCUUCGCUGAGAAAGCGAAACAGAAGACGGUAUUAAUUGCCGUUUGAAACGAAACGAUCUGGACUCUGAACCCUCUCUUCUUUUGUAGAGUUCUUUACCAAAUGAAAUAACUUAACUGAAAUAAAUUCGUACUUUUCGCCGCCAACAAGAAUUGCACACACGAUCUGAUAAGUGAGACAAUUUAUUUAUAACAACGGCGACAGCGAAGCACACAUUUAAAUGCUAAUGUGGUCGCACGACUUCCCUCACGAUUUGAAGUUUGAGACUGGUUUUUUGUUGAAAUUCGUCGUAAUUUGCCUGUUCCGACUUUAGUUGAAAAUGAGCACUUUUAAAUUUGGCAAUUACUGACUGCGUUGCUUGAUUUUUUGGAGUUAAAACACAGCCAUUUACACAUUGUUUCUAUUUUGAAUAUUAAAGCAGAGAAAACUCCGCAACAUUUUAAUGCGAGUUUGUUUGUUAAUAUUUGGGUUGCUGUCAUUGGUUCUUUUUUGACAAUUGACGCGCGAAUGGGGCGUGUUAUGAAAAGGGGCGUUUUACAAAAUACCGGGCCUUGCUUGCAGGCCCACUAUUCUUUCCUCGGGCCUGCACGCGGGCUAUCAUGAAGUUUACUAUUCCGUCAGGCAUUUUAGUAUAUUCGGAAUAGCGGGAAUUUCGACCCCUGGCAGACCCCAGUCCUUCCAUGGCUAUGCCUCUGAUAAUGCCAUGUUCUUGAAAUGGAUCAUCAAUCUAUUUAAAAUUUGUAGUUACCUUCAGAAGAAGAGGUUCUGCUCCAGAAAUUGAGAGAAGAUGCCAGGGCAGCGUUUCUUCAACGUAAAAGUAGAGAGUUGUUGGACAAUGAUGAAUUACAGGUAGAUGUGUGAGCAUAUUCCUAACUGCAAGAUUAUUAAUCAGCGUUUGUGUGCCCCAUCAAAAUCCUGGAAAUCUUAUUUUAGUCCUGGAAACUUCUUGGAAAUCCUGGAAUUUCAAAAAAGGCCUCCUGUAAAUCCCUAGGCAUCCAAAUAUACAAUCAUGCUUUUUCAGUGUUCAGCAAAGUACUCAAAAUAUUUACUUAAGUAGAAGUAAAAGUACUGAUUGAAAAUUUUACUUAAGUAAAAGUAAAAAUAUUGCCUGAAAAUUUUACUUAGUAAAAGUAAAAGUACUGCCUGAAAAUUUUACUUAAGUAAAAGAAAAGUAUUGGGAAAAUAUACUUAAGUAAAAGUACUACUGAAAUAGAAUAUAAAUUCGCAAAGGUUUAAGCAGGAAUAGAACACUCAGACGUGUAAGUAACGCGGUAAAACAACUUUAUUCUUCAAAUACCUCCAUAUAUAUAUAUUCCAGUCCACUCACCGCUUUGAGAAAUACUUUUUUACUUUGCCAAAAUAUAACAAAAGUAACGAAGUAAAAAAGUAAAUAUUUACCGAAAAUCGUACUUCGUUACAAGUAAAAAGUACUUCAUUAAAAAAAUACUUCGUUACAAGUAAAUACUGAUUUUUUACUUCGUUACUGGCUAACACUGUGCUUUUUAAAUAUGAUUGAUUGCAAAACUUAAUUCUUGCACGUACUGUAGUAUCAAUAGAUUACAAUAGUUAUUGAUAUCACUUGAUGGUGCAUGAUACUGAUAGUGAAAGUCGCCUGCAGCAAAAUUCGUUUUGUCUUAUUUUUGCUGAUAUAUAGUUAAUCGAAAAUGAAAGAAAAAGUCAAUGUUUGUUAGGGUAUACUGUACGAGCCAACAAUAUAUUGAAGUUAUUCUAAUAAUCCUAUGCAAAUUUUUAAUGAUUUGCAUUAUUAAAACUUUAAAAAUGUAUUGUCUAUUAGUAUUAAAACCUUUAAAAAUGUAUUGUCUACAGUUGAGCCUGAAUAGACCUUUAUUUACUUGAAAUCACCCAAUGGCCUCGUUUUCAUGUAAAAUACUUACUCAUGUUUUGUGCUUAGUAUGGUUGAAAAUUACUUUGUUAUUGUGCUUAAGAACAGCAAGAAACAAAUUCGUCCAGGGAAUUAACAUGAGAAUACAUGUAUAAUCUUUAUCUGCACCUGGCAUGCGAAAAUAAGUUAACAUGGAAACAAGGCCAUCGGGCAAUUGGGCAGAAGAGAAUAGUCGGUAAGGUCUAUUGUAUAUUAAUUGUAGAACUUGUGGUAUUUAUUGGACAAACAUCAAACACUUCCUGUGCUGCAAGAUGAACAGGUGGGUGGAAUUGCAAAAAGUUAAUAUGACACAAGCCAAAACAUAGCCUAUCGAAGGGGGGAUGGCUGUGAAACUCAUUAGAAUAACAAUAUAACUCAUUAUCUAUGUUAGUCAACGUUUAUUCAUAAAUCUGGUCCUUCACCGUCACGUGUGUAUUGAUUUGUAUUCUUGCCCAACUAACCAAUAGCCAUUUUCAAUUUACCCUAUUGUUUGAGUCACAGAUACAUAGGUAACUUUCCUAAAAUAUUGCUAUUCGUUAGUUGGGCAAAAAUACAAUACAGUGAAUACACACGUGACGGCGAAGGAUCAGAUUUAUGAAUAAACGUUGACUAACAUAGAUAAUGAGUUAUAUUGUCUAAUGAGUUUCACAGCCAUCUCCCCUUCGAUAGGCCAUGCCAGAACCAACAAACAAAAACUGAAAAAUGAAAUCGAACCUGUGGGGCUGUGGCCUCGCUUCUAUCAAGCGAGAUGACGAAAUCCUGAUAGUUAUUCAAAUUUAAGUAUAUGGUUUAGUCUUUAUGUUGGGUUUUCAACAGCUAGUGUGUUUUCAUUUUUUAUUUUUGUCUUUUAUUUUAAUAUGACCAUAGCCUAUCGAAGGGAAGACGGUUGUGAAACUCAUUAGAAUAACAAUAUAACUCAUUAUCUAUAUUAGUCAACGUUUAUUCAUAAAUCUGGUCGUUCACCGUCACGUGCGUGCUGUAUUUUUGCCUAACCAAUAGCAAUGUUUUAGGAAAGUUACCUAUCCGUGACUCGAACAAUAGGGUAAAUUGGAAAUUGCUAUUGGUGGAUAUACACAAAAUUGAAUAUAUUUUUGACAAUUUUUGCCAGAUGAUAAAUUAUGAAGAUUUUAUCAAAGUCAAAGAACAAACUGGAGAAAAGUGUAAAAAGUUUUUUACAGCGACAAUAUUCUCUAAACUUUACCACAACGAUCCAUUUGGAAGGUGAGCAGUAGUGCA